GAGAGUGAUACUUCAGCAUCUGCGGACACCAUGGUUCAUCAGUCAGCCUGUCUGCUGCUGCUCACGUGUCUGCCUGGAUUUUAUGGCAACACAACUGAGCUACUUAGAACCACAGCAGACUCUACAUCAGAUGGACCAUCCUCAGUGGUGCUCAGUGGGGUUGAUGUAGUGACUCUGGGGAUACUGUACAGUUUUCAGUGCUCGGCCAGUUGUUACCCUGCAUGUCAGUUCACCUGGACCUGGGGGAAUGUGACUUCCCAGGGCCCAGAGCUGAGCUUGCAGCUUACAGAACUACAGGCAGCCCAAAACCUGACGUGCACAGCUGUCAAUCCUGUUACCAAAACAGCAGCCACUGCCCAAAAGAUGCUGCAAGCAGCAGCCGGACCUUCAAACAUACAGAUACGUGGCCCAGGAAUUCUCACUACAGGAGUUGCGUCCAACUUCACCUGCUCGGCUGAGUGCUACCCCUCCUGCAACUAUAUAUGGAGAGUUGACUUCGAUGGCAUGACAUUCAGUACUGUAGAAGGAAACCCGGUUUCCAUCGUUCCACCUCCCAGCACUCUCUCUGGGUCUCUGACCUGCAAAGCUCAGAACUCCCUCUCACAUCUUUACAUCUCCACGACUCAGUCUCUGCAGGUGGCAUGUACGUAAAGGUUUUUAAGUCUGCGAGUUAACAAUAAAGACACUGAGAACUUCUUAUUAGGCAGUGCAUCAUUUGUGUUGCUACUUGCUAAAGUUAAGUUAAAACCGAAUAUCAUCUGAUCUUGUGGGGACUUUUGUCAUUUGUUGUUUGCUGUGAGACUUUGAAUCACG